CCCUCACUACUCACGUGGUAAAUUUAAAGGCCACUUUCCCGCGAGGUUGUUGCUGUCACGGUUGUGUAAACCGACAGUUUUUGUGGUUUCCUGCAAUGAAUACUCGGAAAAAAUUAGCGUUUAAUGGUGGGAAAUCUUAUGGAUGGAUUGGACCACCGCUGAAAGAAAAGUCUCGGCGCGGCAAGACGUAUUAUGAGGGCUUGAACAUUGCUGGUGAAGUGAUCAAGCUUAAUGAUAACGUGUUCAUUGACAGCGAGGAAGAUGGACUCAGCUACGUGGCCAAGAUAAUUGACUUCUUUGAUAAUGGCGAUACGGACUCUAACGAACACCGCCGUGCCAUCGUGCAGUGGUACAUGCGACCCAAGGAGAUGCAGGAACGUGUACGUGGCAGGCAACUGCCCGAGGGCGCUGUUCUCUCCAGCACCAACGAAGUCUUUGCCUAUCUGGCCAAAUCGGACUGGAUCACGGAGUGCGAGAUUGAUGCUGACACAAUCCUUGGCAAAUGCAAGAUAAGGAAAGCUCCCGCCAAUACAGCCCUGCCGAAGACAACCAACGACGACCUACCGGUGAUGUACGUCCGCUGGCUGUUUGAUGGGAACCAGUUCAAGCCAGUCCUGGAACCAAAAAAGGUCAACGGGGUCAGGAAAGACCUGGGCACGACACCCGGCAAGACACCGAGUAAGACAGCUAACAAGAAGCGAGAUGUCAAAGGGCAAAACACAUCCAAGGUCAAUGGCCCUGAGAAGCCUGACAAAUCCAAGGAAACAUCCAAAUCGAAAACACCUAAAAGUGACAUAGUGUCGCCGGGGCAACGCCUCAAUAUUUCUGAUGUUGAACUAAUCGAUGAACUCUUCAGCUCCGAUGAAGACAGUGAUGUUGUUAAAUUCAUUGAGCUGCCGAAAGCCACACCACGUCGUAAGUGCUCAGGGAACAAUCGGAGUACCAGCGAUUUUCCUUCAACUGCCAAAAAGAUCCGCUUCAAGGACUCAGCAGAUUCCCUCCCUCUGCCAGACAUCCGCAUCAAGAGGAUCAGCAUUAACACACGCUUCCCGGACUGCCAGUCCUUCACUACACUGAAACCAGCAUCUGAGCGAAAAAGGAAGCCUCCAAAUGGAACACAUCCUGACGUCAGCCUGACAGACCGGCUCUGCAAGUCGGAAUCCAAGAGUAGAGGCCACCAAAAGAUUGACAGAGGACGGAUUCCAAACGAUGGCCUCCUGAGGGGCAGGAAGAUCCCUCAGAGAAAAUCGGCAAAGAAGAUCAUCCUAGAAGAUGAGGCAGAGGAUGACGAUGAAGAUGACUUUGAAGAUGUCAAAACAACCAGAAAGCAGUCAAAGAAUGAGAAACACAAGCAGGGACGGAAGACACCAAAGAGAAAGCUUCCUCCAGCAAAGAAGAUCCCCGACAGUGAAGAGAUGAAAGAGGAGGACUCUACGAAACCAAGGAGGCAGAGAGGGAGACCGAAAUCUGUCACCAAGGUUAUGCAGAAGGCCGGGAAGAAACCAGAAAGCGAUGAUGAUGAUCAGGAUGAGUUGGAGGAAGAAAGUGACUUUGAAGAGGUAUCCAGUGAUGAGGAGAUUACCAUCAAGCGAAGGAAGACACCGGCAAAGAAACCGGCGGGCCGGCAGAGCGUCGCACCCAAGACACCUGUCUCGAUUAAGUCAAAGGUCAAGGGUAGGACACCACGAAAGGAUAUUGUGCCUCACAUCUCAGUGCGUCGCACGCCUUGCAAGACGCCGUCUAAGAUCUUGGAGCAUGCUAGAGCCAGAUUGCACGUCUCUGCCGUUCCUGACUCGCUGCCGUGCAGGGAGCAUGAAUUUGCCGAUAUCUACACAUUCGUCAAGAGCAAGAUUCUUGAUGGAACCGGAGGUUGUAUGUACAUAUCUGGUGUGCCGGGCACCGGUAAGACGGCAACCGUCACCGAAGUGAUGUCGUUCCUGCGGAAGGAAGUGGACGAGGACAAGGACUUCCCAGAAUUCACUCUGGUGGAGAUGAACGGGAUGAAGCUGACGGAGCCACACCAGGCGUUCGUGCAGAUUCUCAAGGCCCUGACUGGUCAGAAAGCCACUGCAGAACACUCCUCACAGCUCCUGGACAAGUAUUUCACGUCGGCCGCCGGGCGUAAACAGCCUAUCGUGCUCCUUGUGGAUGAGCUGGAUCUUUUGUGGACCCGCAAGCAAGGCGUUCUCUACAGCAUCUUUGAUUGGCCCAGCCGUCCCAAAGCCCGUCUGAUUGUGCUGGCCAUCGCCAACACCAUGGACCUGCCGGAGCGCAUCAUGAUGAACAGAAUAUCCAGCCGGCUGGGUUUAACCCGCAUGACAUUCCAGCCCUACACUUUCAAGCAACUCCAGAGUAUUGUACAGAGCCGUCUAGAAGGACUGCAGGCGUUUGAGCCAGACGCCAUCCAGCUAGCUGCUAGGAAGGUGGCUGCGGUGUCGGGUGAUGCCAGGAGAGCCCUGGACAUCUGUCGUCGCGCCACCGAGCUGGCCGAGACAGCUCAGCCCACGGGGAAGGGCAAAGGCCCGCUGGUUGGGAUGAAGCACGUCGACAGGGCGCUGGCAGAAAUGUUCAGCUCGCCCAAGAUUGUUGCAAUGAGGCAAGCCUCCAGACAGGAGCAGAUCUUCCUACGAGCCAUAGCUACCGAGUUCAAGAUGUCGGGCUUGGAAGAGGCACCUUUUGAAAAGGUUCUGAUUCAGCACAUAUCCAUUUGCAGACUGGAAGGCUUGCAUCCGCCAGUGGUGUCGGAGGUCGUGGCCGUUUGUAGGAGGCUUGCCUCAUGCCGUCUCAUCCUUCUGGAGUCCAGCACCAAUGAGCUGCAACAGCGCAUCCGACUGAAUGUCAGUCAGGACGAUGUGAUGUACGCUCUCAGGGACCAUGGCGAAUGACCAUGGUGAGUGUCCAAGGUGAGUGACUUGGAAUGUCCGGACAUCUUGUGAGUCUUCACUGCCACCACUGAUUGAUUUGAGCAGGGACUCUCUAAUACUCUCAAUUUCUCACACAGUCUGAGUGGUUAUUGUGCACACAUCCUGAGAAGUGACUCCUUGUUGGGACCACUCAGAACUUCUCACAUGGUCUAAAUGGCCUAGGUGAGUGACCCUGAUGUUGUGAUUUGCCUAAACUUGUACUCAUGAGCACUCAUUUCUCAAAGUUUGACGACCUGAUGUGACCGCGAUUUGCUGAUUUGCUCGAGCAUAUAGGACAUUGCUUAGAUAUAUGCGCACUGAGUAAGCACAUGUGUACUCGUUUAUUCAUACAAUGAUGCUGUUGAUGCAUGCUCUUUAAAAUCUUUGGUUGCCAAGAACUCAGAGAUCGUUUAUUCAUUAGUAGCUAUAGAGGCUUAAGAAACAGCUGGACUUUUGGCAUUUUUGGCUGAGGUCAGAUUCACUCCAAGCCAGCAACGAUGAUCUGCACAGUGCAGUUAUUCUCCAGACAUCGUUGGUUUCUCAAAAGAGAUGGUGAGUAGGGUUAGUCUUGUAAACCACAGAAUUAUCAAAAAAAAUCUUGAAGGCUUUGUGUCGAGGGUCGUUCUGUAAAAUGCAAUGAGACCUAGUGACAUCACACUGCAUUUACCGCAUGGCAUCGUGGGAGUAGGGUGUGGGGCAAAUGGAAAGAUUGCCAGUACCAUCAUUUGAAAUAUUUUCAAGCAGUCUGCCUUUUCAAGAAUCUUGUAGACUCUUACGGUAUUUUUAAUAAGUGAAUGCGUUUGCCCACACUGACCGCAGUCAAUGAGUAACCAUGCACUUAAAAUAAAUUUGGAAAAAUAAAUAAAUAUUUGUAGUAAUAUAAAAUCCAUCUAUGCAAAUGAGCAAUUUUCAGAAGGGUUAUUUUUAUUCAUUAGUAUAAACUUUAUGUGUACAUUUUCAAAUUGAUUAACGGUUCAACAGUUGUAAGAUGUUUUUGCUGUUCAACAGUUUUUGUAUCCAGAAGUUUGUUGUUAAUGUAGAAAUGUUCCUCAACUUUGAAAUGAAACAUAUUUUUGCUACUGAACUAAGCUGCCAAUUUGUAGAGAUUAAAUACAUUCAUGGUUUGUAUGAAUAUGCAUGCCAUACUAAUUGUAACAUUGGUCCUUUCAGGAGGCUCCUUUUUUGGGGUUUAUUAAUGAAUAUUUUGCGAUUUCUUCAAAAUGGUGCAUUUAUGUUGGCGCAGUAAUGAAUUAGGUCAUUCACUCCUUACUACCAGUUACUGUUAGGAAUGCAAUUUUCUAAGGAUCAUCCAAUUUCCCUUUUUUUUCCAUUUUGCUUUUUAUUUCUACCGUCUUUGGCAUUAAAAAUUUAAAAAUGACGCACACAGAGUUGAAGUGCACAUUCGCCAGAUGUUUCAAGAUUCCGUUUACAGGCUGUUGAUUGAAUAAUUGAUACUUGACAAGUGCGAUAAAUAUUUGAACCCCAAAAUGUAAUGAGAAACAUUUCAAAAUCAAAAUGAGAAAUCAUUUCAAGGUCAGUUGCUUUUUUGUAGACUUGUGGUAUACCGAUGAAACCAUUGUUUGAAUUAGAAAGGUCAAAGUUCACACUCAAUUAACCUAAAAUAACAGAAAUAUUGUAUUAUUAUCUGAGCCGAACCAGAAAAUGAGUAAUUUUAAAUUUGAACUUUACUUUGGGCCCGGCCCUAUCCCCUUAAACAAUACUCUAAAACCAAUCAAUGGGCUUAACUAUUCUCACAAAAAUGGUACUCAUCCUUUGAGAAUAAAAACACAUACCCAUUUUUUUUUACCACAGCCAUUGUUUAAAAACUCACAGGACGCACCACUAUUAUUAACAAAACUAAUCUUUAGAAACUUUUAUUGUCUUAAGUAUGGCAAGGACAACCUCUUAUAGUUUAUGCAGAAUAAAUUAAAAAGCAUAAUAAAAUGGGUACAUUUCCAAGUCAUAUCUUGCCUAUAAACAUUUACAUUUAAAAACCUCAACUACAUAUGUUCAUCUUUCCUUGAUUUGGCCAAAUUUGAAUAAAACAUUGCCAAACCCUGACCAAGCCAUGACAAAUUCAUUUCACAAAAUAAAGUUAGCACAUAUUCUUUUGCAGUUACUCAGUCCGACAGUUGUUGUUUUUUAAUUUGCAGUUUUGCCCUUCACUAGUGCAUAUUUGUAACACUGUAUAGUAAGUGCUGCCUAAGGGCUUGUGAAAAAAACUUUAUAUAUAGCCCCGAUGUAAAAAUCCCAUCAUAAAUGUUUUGGCAUGAUACCCGUUGCUGAUUAACUUGAGCCGGCUAGCCAACCCUGGUCAGCCAACCUUGGCAAGCUUUGUGGUCGAGUGGUAAAGACAUCUGCACCAGCAAGCAGGAGGUUGUGGGCUCAAGUCUCACCCAAGUGAGCUUGUGAAUUGUUUCACAAGCCCUCAGAUCACACAGUGAACAGUGUUAUAAAUAUUCAUCGGUGUACGGGAACAAAUGAACUUAAAUUUAACACCAACCCAAUUUCAAAGUCAGCAUUGACUUGAGUGGUGUUUUUGUGGUAUCAAAAUGGCCUCAGGGCCAACAUCAAUCUCAAGUAUGCAACUACAUGUUUAAAAUUUUUAAUAAAAAGAGAUGUAUUUUCCAAACGUCAAAUGACACCUUUGAAAGAAACUGAAAGUGUAAACAUUUCCUAAAAGUAA